AUGGUAAUCUCUUUUCUCCUUGUAGUUUUACUAGAAUCUGCAUACGGAGUCAUGCAAGACUUAUUCGUCGCAUACUUAUCAAAGAAUGAAUAUUUAACUCUCAAUUUAAAUGACUUCUUUGAAGGUGAAGAUUUAACCUUUUCUGUUGGUGAAGCCAACUUUACAAGUGAGAAUCUUCAAAUUUUCGAUCCAGUCAGUUUCAAUGCCUCUAAUUCAAUAGAAUAUGCAGGCCUGAGAGGGCCUGCAGUGCAAGAAACUCCUAACCAACGAAAAAUUACCUCUUUUCGAUCCGAAAAUAAGAUGAUUAUGUUUGGGUUUUACCAAAAUUAUAUAGAAAUUUAUAGCUUGAUGCUAACAAGCGGAGAAUUAACUCUCCAUUGGAAUCAAAGCUUGGAAUAUCAACAUAUGGAUCCUAAUAUAUUACAAGUCGCCUUAUUCACAAAUGAUAACAGCAAAUUUGCGGUUAUUUUAUUAGGACAGCUAGAAGAAGUUGAUGGGCAAAACGUGACGAGAAAUGACUUAUAUGUAAUGAAUGUCACAGAUAUAGAAAACCCUGGACUGCCGGUUUUAUUAGAUCUGUGGGAUAUCCGAUAUACUUCCAGUUUAAAAAUUUCAUCAGAAAUACAAAGUACAUCUAUAAUACCCAUUUCUGGGAUUUUUUCAGCAAGUUUUGCGUCACAUAAUGGUAUGUUAUUUAUAUAUAAUUUCAGUGAUCCUUUUGAUCCAGUGCUUAUUCAGACUAUAAGCCGAUAUUUUACUUUACCUAAUGCAGAUAAGUUAAUCCCUUAUCCAAUUGAUUCCUUAAUUUUUGAUGGGCUGAUUUAUAUGCUAGAUACUAAUAUUGGUGUCAUUUUAUAUGAGCUAAAUAGUGCUAAUGGAUUUUUCUUCGAAGAGGCUUAUUUUGAUUUGACGAGGUUCGGGGAUAGUCUAUGCCAUUAUUGAAAAAUAUGAAAACCUAUUAUAAAAACAAUAGAAAUUUUUAUUGAUAUAAGACUAAUAUUAGAAGAAGAUUUGGAACUAAUUAUAGGAUAUUAGCAUAAGCAUUGAAUAUAAAGAAAACGACUAUGAGACAGAUAAUGUAAUUACAGUUGGCACCGAAAGAGGACUAAUUGCUUUCAGUCCUAACCAGUUUGAUGAAGUAUUCUGGGUAUCUAGCUAUGAUAUGUAUGGAGUCAUAUCGCCUAUAUCUAUUUAUAAUAAAUAUAAUUAUUGCUUUAUUCUAUUGGCUAUAUAAAAUAUGAUAGUUAAAAAUUCAUUUAAAUAGGCUUAUAAAAUCAAGUGAGCACGCUUUGAACUAUUUUUUUCUAGAUGUUAUUGGUGAAAAUAACACGUCACUAAUGGUUGUUAGCGAUAGGACACCUCUAGCUCAAGACGUGCUGCUUCAUAUGGACAUUGAAGAUCUUGUAGGAGGGAAUUUUGACCCCAACGGGAUGUGGAAAAUAUUUUAUGGGUACUUUGGUCUGUUUUUUUAUGUCAGAUUUGAUAUUGAUGCUAUAACUUCUUAUUCAUUUACAUUGGAUUAUUGGAAAUUAAGGGUAACACCUGGGCCUCUUUCCUAUCCAGAUUCAUAUUAUGCAGAAAUAAUUGCUGAAACCACAGUUGGGCCAUAUUUAAAACUAUCAAAAUCUAUAGUAGUUUAUGGGAUCCCUGAAAAUAUGAGCAGUAUUCUUUAUAUUGAUGGCUAUAGCCCUAUUCCUAUACAAGCCCUUCAGCUUGAUGUAGAAUUCAACGGGUUUUAUUCAGAAUUAUCUGCCACACCACUAGAUUAUUUUUCAGGGCCAAAUCUAAACUUUUCAUUACAAAUAAAUAGCAUCCCAUCAGAUUUUUCAUUUAAUUAUUCCACAUAUGAAAAAAUCAAUUAAGAUAUAUUAAAUAAUUUAUCUAAAAUAAUAGUAAAAUAAAGGCUAAUUUUAAUAUAAGCAUGCAUUUAUAUUAUAAGCAAUUGUGCAAAGUUUAGCAAAAUAAAAUACUUGCAAAGCGUACCGAUGAAUAUGGCCCUUACUUCAGUUCAAUUAAUUGAAGUUGAAAUUUUUUUAUAUACAGAUAGCGGAAUAUAUACUUUUUACUAUGGAGAAACUGAGCCUGCCUUAUGGCUGUCCUUAAUGAACCCUAUAUCAACUGUAAUAUGUCCACAAGGGUGGCUUGUAUACUCAUUGCCAACGCCAGACUCUCCAUUUAUUAAUUUAAUUGCUGAUGGCACCAAUAGCACCAUCCAGACUUGGAGUCCUAUGACGAAUUGUGACAUUUUUUUCGCUUAUGAGGACUAUAUGAUUUGUGGAGGAAGCCAGCUACUUGAUUUAUAUAAAACAAAUUCUCCUAGCAGCCUUUACUACAAAAUGGUCCAAGUAUCAAGUGAGCUUUUCCAAACCGAUCUCUACAUAAUAGAUGCUACCGUCACUUCUCCGUCUGAAAGCUUUCCUGACUCCUAUCUCUAUAUAUUAGACAAGUUUAAUGGUGUCCACAUCAUUGACUUAAAUUUUAUUUAUAAUGGAGAAAUCCCGAUUCUCCCUUAUAGUAUUGAUAAAAACAAUGUAAUUAAUGCUGUCAGAAUUAUUGGCACCCAAGAGCAGAUAUAUAUUGUAUUUAGCGAUGGAACUGUAGAUGCCUAUACAACGACACUAGUUUUUAUUAGAAGAAUCAGUGGGAAAUAUACAGGGAUUUAUUAUAGCACUCAAAAUAUUGAAAAUUUAUUAUUCAUCCAUAUAGGUGACAGGGUUGCAGUUUUAGAUGGUCUUCAAACUACUCAUAGCAGCUUAAUCAGUUAUAUCCCAAUUAAUGAGUCCUGCCAAUUUGAUGUUUCUAGUGAAUUUGAUAUGUAUUGGGGUAUGAUUGGGACUCUAUGCACUGCCAAUUUCAGCCAAAGUCUUUCAUUUUAUGGUUCAAAUUGCCCAACAAUGCCUUACGACGAGCCUUGUGAACUUUAUAUAUAUGGCGGCAUAAAUAUAACUAGUCCAGCAUCAGCCAGUCAAGCUCAAUAUAUUGCAAACCUAACCCUUGUCGCGUCAAAUGAAGUUUCCUCAAUUUUUUUGCCUGUUUUGCUUAAUAUUUUCCCUGAUGGAGAAAAUAUAUGGAUAAAUGAACAGCUUUGGAAUAUCAGUCAGCAGCUCGUCAUAGACUAUGAUAUUGAAACAAUAUUAGACUUCAGUGGGUUUUACCAAGGACAAAACGUAAAAUCCUAUUUAAAUAUCAAUGGCAAAUACCCAACAUUUAAUUAUCAAGGACCCAACUAUGUCCCAGCUAUAAAAUGGCCACAAAUGAUAUUGACUGAUCAUUAUGAAGGAGACUAUGACGAAACCUUUACAGACCAUACUGUAAUAAAGAAUACUAACAGAGUCAUUGUAACGAGCAGCAUCCAAGGGCUACUUAUUUUUAAUUUGACUGAUAUUCCUAACCAAGAAGGAAUGGACUCUCCAGACAUCCCAAUUGAGCACAUUUUGAACGUCUCUGACUAUAUAAAUGGUACCAACCCUGUAUGUUCUGUUAUUGAAGGAGUCGGCACCCAAGGCGAUUUUACCUUAUUUGUGACUGCUUGUCAGUACCAAAUGACUGAAGAAUUUUCAUGGAACGAAGAAAAAACAGUCAAUUUGACCCUCACCCAGUUUGCCUUGGUGCUAUGGGAAUAUGACUUUGUGCACUGUCAUGUAAAUCGAACCAAAAUUUUAUUAGUAGAAUUCUACCCUGCCUGGCUUAAGGUAAUUCCUUCAGAUAACUAUGAUUUUAUGCUGCUUUCUAUUGAUACUGCUGAUAAAGCUGACUAUGAAAACUAUAGGAAUAACCAUGUGAUAAGAAUUUCUGGGCAUUGGGAUUCUCACACAUUAGACUUAAUCCAGGUAGAAAUCAUUGAUUUCCAUUCUCUAGGGCUCCCAGCAUUUUAUGCUAGUGCUGUAGAUGGGGUUUAUUCAAGCAAUGAUUUGUUUUUAUAUGUAGCUGACCAUUGGUAUGGGAUAAGAAUUCUACAGACACAAAAUGAUAAUGUAAAUGAGAUCAGUGCUAUUGUAGGAGGAUUGCCAAUGAAGGAUGGUGACUAUAUAGUGUCUGUUGGGGUGUGUGGGAACUUUUUAUUUACAGGGACUGUUGGGACGAAAAUACACCAAUUUUUAUUAAACAGCAAGAGCAGCCCUUCGAUUAUGACAAGGUUUUAUCCUUAUAAUAAUACUCUAAAUGAAUAUAUUGGGCUGACUUCUCUUAUAGUCUGCUCGGAUUAUUAUCAGCCGGAUUUUAUAGCGUCGUCAAUCAGAUCGUCUAGGAAUGAGCUUUAUAUAAGGAUUUAUAACACAAAGGUAAGCCAAGCCAACUCAAUAAUGUAUGAUAUGCCGAUUUCUCCUCAGUUAUUGCCAUAUAGUACUGGGAGUGUAGAGUUUUUGAACUCUUAUACGGUUACUGCAAUUGGAGCGUUGACGCCUUGGCUUAGGAGCUAUGUGUUGAAAAAACCAGAAAUAAUUAUACCGAGAAUGACACCUAAUGAAUAUCAGGAAAUGAUGAAAAUAUGGGGAAUAGACACUUUUGAGCUGUUUAUUACGCUAAUUAAUGAAAAUAUGGCACUAAAUACAACCCCAAUUUGCUUAAGGAGAACAAUUCCCGGGAGCAAUGAUAAUGAUGAAGGAUUUCAGUACAACUAUAAUGACAAUUCUUGGUGGAUUUGGUUAAUUCUUGGGUCAUGUAUUUUUAUUAUUCUUAUUCUAGCCUGCAUAAUGGCAAGAUAUUUCUUGAAAAAGAGCAAGCGACCCCCAGUAGAAAAUGAGAGACCAUUAUUUUUGACCAAUUUUUCAGAUUUUGAAAAUGAUGAAUAUUUUGAUUAA